AUGGCAGUGUCUGGAAACGUUGUAACAACAUUUUUGGAAAAAAUUAACCUCGAAAAAUAUAGCGGAAGACUUGUUGGUCAAGGCUACCAAACUGUUCUUGAUUUGUGUCUUUUAAACGAGGAGGACUUAAAUUCUAUAAGUAUCACAGACAAAGAGGAUAGGGAAAAAAUUUUGCAAGCAGGUAGGAAAUCAAACAUCUAGCUGUAUGACCUCUACACCACUAAAUUUAUGCAUAGUAUGUCGUAUUGAUUUUCACCCUAAAAAUAAUGUUUUAUUUAUUGCCUACAAUAAUAUUGCCCUAUGUAAUUCCUAACCUACGAUCCUCAGGCUACUCGAUGAAUUGUUUGUUAGUAAGUUAAUGGAGUUGGACUGUCUGAUUGCCCGGCUCCUAUUAAAAUUCCCGGCUUCUGACAGUGAACAUGAUGAAUAUAUAUAUUUUUUAUACCCAUCAGCUUCUGAACUGGAUAUCGCAGAAUGGCUUAAUUAUAUGGAAUUGGGAGCGUACACCAGCGAAUUUAAAAGAGAGGGCAUCCAUACUGUUAAAGACCUAAGGGCCCAUGAGAUUUCAGAUGACCUCCUAGAUGAAUUAGAAGUCAUGAUCCCGGGACAUCGAAAAAGAAUUAAAACUGCAGGUAAAUGUUUACAUGUAAAUAGCAUUUUGUCUAACCAGCUGGGAUCGAAGUUGAAAACCUAACGGCUUAUUUUAAAUGUUACAAGAUUCUUCAGCCGAAGCAUUUGAAGUUUCAGCGUUGGCUAACAUGUAAGCUUUAACAGCAUUUUUUCCUCCCUCUGACUGCAAUUCCUAGGCUAAGGGAAUCAAUUUGCCGAUCAGGAAGAAAAGAAGCUAAAAGAAAUUGAAAUACAAUCUAAACGUCUAAACAAAACACAAGGAAUAUUGCUCAUCAUCAAGAAACAUUUAGAUCGUCACUAACGGGGGUUCCCCUUUACAUCAAAGAGAUUAAAAUACUUUAGCCAUUGUGCGGCUUUGAAAGGCAAGUUUUGAAGCAUAAACGUUUUUUCCUCCGAAAGAUUGCGAAGAAACAUGUCAAUUGAUGAAAACACGCGAGCAAAGUUAACUCUGAUUGACUUUAAUACCUGUCUGUGUUCUCGAACCGUUUUUAUAAGCUAUCCUCUUAAAAGUUAUGUUUCAUUUUAAGUAGGCCACUGCUAAUUUCACCUCUUCGGUUGCAUCAGGUAUAACUAAUUCAUGGCUGUAAGCAGAGGGCAACUGGAAUACACUUUAUAAUUUCAGAUUUGCAGAUAAAAACACGCUUUUAAUGUAAUUGGGGAUCUCGGACCCUUAAUGUCUUUCUUCCAAACAACCUGCAUCCUCAGGUCGUAUCCUAUAAGGCUCCGCAUCUUUAUAAUGAAGACGCAAGCAGGAAUUACUGCUUUUUCAAAAUAAUUUCAUGAAGAAAGUUUGUUCAAAAUAUUCUCUUCUAAAAUAUUAAAUUUUUAACAGGUUUUGGUUUUCUCGCUAUUCGCUGACCACGUGCUCGAGCUAGCUGAGCGCGCUUUGCUAACCCUCCCUGCGCACUGAUUCAUUUUGAUUUUUCUAGUUGACUGUGUAAAUCGCUAAAGGACUUGUUUUUCAAUUCUGCAACACGAUGAUAAAUUUAUUAUGAAUUAGCCACAAUUUAUCGCCCUAGUAUAAGUACACUCGUAUAUUUGUGGCGCCAGAGGAAGAGGAGUCGACAAAGGACGAUCAGAAGAAGUAUUUACAGUUAGUUUUGUAUCAGUAAACCCAGGGAACAUAUAGGCUUUUAAAAAACAUUUUCAAUAUGCGGUCGUCCUAAACCAACAUGGAUCCGAAGUUCAGUUGCUUAAAAACGCAGAUGUCAUAUUUGGUGCCCCGUUUUGAGAAUUUACUUUAGGGAACCCAAGCACCAUUGACGGUGCCAUGAUCUGAGUUUGCUCAUAUACAAUACAUGUAAUUUCUUUGGUACAGAUUAACUCUCUCUGUUAUUAGAUCAUUGUGAAGGGUACAGAAUUCAGUUUGAGACGGGGCAGUUUUUAAGUUCUUACCUUUUCGCGUGACGGACCGUUUAGUAAUUACACGGUAUUAAACAUUCGUUUUCACAAGUAUUAAGCAACACCGAGAUGCGAUAUGAUCGUUCCUGCUCUCUGUCGGAACUUAAACGAAAUCAUUCAGUUUUGCUUUUGCUUUAUCUGAGUUAGUCUAGCAUACUUGGUUUAAAAAACGCAAAGAGACACAUUAUUCCGGAAUGAAUUUGUUGUUCGAACACAACUCUCGUUAGUAGGGCCUGGUUUCAAACUUUAAGUCUCUGGUAUUUUAUAGCUCUCAGGUAUUUAUCUUCAACAACUGUUGAAUCAAUUCUGCCUGAUUUGUUGCUCAUUUUCGUCCUUCUUUCGAGCAAUGAAACAUUAUUAAAAGCCGUCUUACUCUUUUUUUAAAUACUAAGGUGUUCAACAAACAACUCCGACACGGAAGGGUUAGCGUUCAGUUGCACUGUUCUGUAUACUGACUGCCUAUUAAUCGAUGCAUGUUUAUACCCUUCACGUUGUUUCAACUUUUGCCGUUUAUGUUUAACCAUCAUAAGACCAUAUGAAUUAAAGUAAAUUUACUUUCAAGCAUUGCUUUUUCAUAAAAUUAGUUUUAUAUGGUUAACUGAAGUUAGUCAAAGAAGAGGCAAUGAUCGUUUCUGCGUAAUUCAAGCAUAGCCGGUGAAUGUUUAUAAUUAUAAAGGUGCUUACUUAAUUACAGUCUUUCAAACUCCUCUAGAUAAUAUUUUGUAUUUAAACUGCAAUCAUGUGUUUGCCGGUAUGCUGAAGUUUAAAAUGGUCUACCUCAACAUUCUCAGGGAAGAAUACGAAACAUAAAAUUAUUUCUCAUGGUUUUUAUUAUUAUUUCCACUGGCAGUAUCAUUUCUGCAAUCAAGCAUUUCCGGCCCUGAUGAUGUGAGUCAAAGUGUUUCCGAGGUGGUAAUAGGCUACUGGGGCCGGCCACCAGAUAUGGAAGGCAAUAACUACGAUUUCCUUUGCGUCCCUGGUUUUCUUAAGUCCAGCACUGGAGAGGGUAUGUAGGGUGUACUGAUUUUGGAAUGUUCUUUGUUCCCAUUGCUGAAGCACUCAACAGUCAGUUGAAAAUAUGAGUCAUUUCAUAUAUUUCCAUUCAAGUCGGCCAUAUGUUAGCCUAAUACAGGCUUUAACCAGGUCACACGUGUAAAACAAGACCCAGUCAAUUGGUUAGUCAGUCAGUUGGCCAAAUCAGUAUAACUCAGCUUGUCUGUAACUCCAGACAAAUAAGCAGACAGUCAAUUAUCUACUGGCCUGCUGUUCAAGUUCUGUACCAUCCAGUUGGCCUAAAGCAAAUUCAAUCACUCAUUGAUCAUUCAGUUUUUAAAGCCAGGCAUCAAGCAAGAUUUCAGUGAGUGUUACUUGUUCAGAGAGUCUGGCAUAAGGCAUGUUGGGCUCUCUUGUUACCAGGAAAUCCUGACUGGCUUGUUACUAACUGUCAGUCAGUUGCAUAGUCAACCAGUCAGCCAGCAGCAAUCCAGUCAAACAAUCUAUCAGCCACAGUCACAUAGUAAGUGAGUUAGCCAGCAAGUCAGUCAGUCAGUCAGUUGGUAAUUUAGCCAGUCAAUCAACAGGUCUGAAACAGGGGCAUUAUGGGCUCCUGCAGUCAGGCUGUUUGUCAGGCAGUCAAUCAAUUAGUCUUCCAUUCCAGCCAGUAGCAAGUCUGCCAGUCAGACAGUCAGACAAUCAGUGAGUCAGCCAGAAAGUCAGUCAAUAAGUUGGUAAUUUAGCCAGUCAGCCAACAGGAGCAUGGGCUCCUGCAGUCAGAAAGUCAAUCAGUUGCAUAGUCAACCAGUCUUCCAGCCAGCAGGAAGCCAUGCAGUCAAUCAAUCUAUCAGCCAGUCAAACAAAGAGGCAAUCAGUGAGUCAGCCAGAAAGUCAGUCUCAAAGUUGGUCAUUUGGCCAGUCAGUGAACAGGGGCAUCAUGAGCUCCUGUAGUCAGGCUGUCAAUCAAUCAGUCAAUCAGUUGCAUAGUCAACCAGUCUUCCUGCCAGCAGCAAGCCAGUCAAACAGUUAGACAGUCAGACAAUCAGUGAGACAGCCAGAAAGUCAAUCAGUCAGUUCGGUCAUCACCCCUCCUAUUGUUUUCCUACCAGACAGGUUAAAUUUAGAAGGUCAGACAGACCAGACCCAGGCCAAAAAGGCCAAAGGCAGGGCAAAAAGUCCAAAUUCAAAUAACCUGUCUAGUAGGAAAACAAUAGGAGUAGUGAAAACAAUAGAAAUGUGUUGGUGGUGGUGGUGGUAAUGGAGGGAGACAAUAGAAAUGAGUGAGUAAGCCAGAAAGUCGGUCAAUCUGUUGGUAAUUUAGUCAGUCAGCCAACAGGAGCAUGGGAUCCUGCAGUCAGAAAGUCAAUCAGUUGCAUAGUCAACCAGUCUUCCAGUCAGCAUCAAGCCAACUAGUCAAUCUAUCAGCCAGUCAAACAGUCAGGCAAUCAGUUAGUCAGCCAGACAGUCAGCCAAUCAGUUGGUCAUUAAGCCAGUCAGUCAACAGGAGCAUCUUCAGCUCCUGCAGUCAGGCUGUCAAUCAGCAGUCAAUUAGUUGUAUAGUCAACCAGUCUUCCAGCCAACAGUAAGCCAGUCAGUCAAUCUAUCAGUCAGACAAUCAGUGAGUCAGCCAGAAAGCCAGUCACUAAGUUGAUCUUUUAGCCAGUAAGUCAACAGGGGCAUCAUGGGCUCCUGCAGUCAGGCUGUCAAUCAGUUGCAUAGUCAACCAGUCUUCCAGCCAGCACCAAGCUAGUCAAACAGUCAAACAGUCAGGCAGUUAGUGAGUCAGCCAGAAAGUCAAUCAAUCAGUUGGUCAUUUAGCCAGUCAGUCAACAGGAGAAUCAUGAGCUCCUGCAGUCAGGCUGUUAAUCAGGCAGUCAACCAGUUGCAUAGUCAACUAGUUUUCCAGCCACCAGCAAGUCAGCCAGUCAAACAGUCAGUGAGUCAGCCAGGAAGUCAGUCACUAGGUUGGUCAUUUAGGCAGUCAGUCAACAGGAGCAUCAUGAGCUCCUGCAGUUGUAUAGUCAACCAGUCUUACAGCCAGCAGCAAGCCAGUCAGUGAAUCUAUCACCCAGUCAAACAGUCAGUGAGGCAACCAGGAAGUCAGUCACUAAGUAUGCUGCUCCAAGUCUGCUGGUUGACUUACCCAUCCAGCAAAUAGAGAGAAUGGAAUUGGGAGGCCAAUGGUUAAAACUAUACUCUCUGAAAUCGUUUACCUUCAUUUGCUGUGUGAGAAUGUCUCAACUACAGCUCAACUGCAUUAUCAGGGAUGUACAUGUUUUAUUAACUUAAUUCAAAAGGGUACUUGUUUGUUAAAAAAUGUAGAAAGAUAUGAGCUAUAAGAUACUUUGAGUUUGUGAUAAAAACAAAACGCUCUUAAACCAGAUCAUAGAGACUAACUCAUUUUAAAACGAUGUUAUACUUGACAAUUGGCAGCGACGUUUUAAAGGCAACACAGCGUUACGACAUUGUUUCGUCAUAGUUUCGAAUUGUUACAACAUUUUUCUAACAUUGUUGCUCUUAAAAGCGUCGUUGCAAAUCACUUCGUUUAAUAUCACCUUUAGGUUUACAAUAGAUGAAACUAAUCGGCCUGCUGUACUUUUCCGGUAAUUGGAACAUGAAAAUUGUUUGUUUUUCAGACGCUCAGUCAUCAGGACUCAUUCAGUUUAUAGUUGACAGUGGCAGUGAAGUUGGCGUGACUGUGACGUCACAGUUGAUUAAAGAUCUUCAACUGGAGUAUCUCCAUAACAUAGAAAGUAGAGGCGUCCACGCUACGAGAGACAGGCCAGUUUAUCGAGGGGUCCUAAAGCUUGGGUCAGAAGAAUUUGAAGUUGAAGUAAGCUGAUAACACCUUCCAGAGUAUUAUUUUGUUUAUUAACCCUCUUAGGUCUUUUAGCCAAGAGAUUUCUCCUAACAGUAUUAAUACACAAUCAAGAGAAAAGGUUAUGAGAAUUGAGAAAGUGAUCAACAAAGGGAAAAUGCUUUGAUCUUUUAUCAAAUUCUCCCAACUAAUUCCUUAAGGAAAUGUAUGGAGAUCAGUCAGGAGAAUUGGUAUGUGCAUAUUGGGUCUCAAAGGGUUAAAACUGUGAAUGAGUUGAUCAAUAUUUUCCAUCUUUUUUUUUUUUUCUUUAACUAAAUGACUGAAAUUGGUUCCAGCUUUCCAUAAAAGGCAGAAACUAAUAUUGAUCUUGAUUAUUUUUAGGGUUUCUUCUAUUGUUUCAUCAAUAGCACCUUUAUAAUAAUUUCUAAUCGGUUCCACGCUGAUUUUCUAUCAAAAGAUGUUUCACAUUUACGACAAGUUAAAGUUUUUUGCUAUUAAAAGGGAACCUCUGAUCUUCCUUAAUUUGUCUCGAUUGGGGCAGAACUUAACUGUAGCAGGGAAAACAGCGGAACUUGAGUUUCGCGACGGUACAACCUUUUACUGGUCAUCUCGCAAUGGAACCACUGAAACGUAGCUCUGCAAAAAGUUCCCUGUAUUUUCAGGCUUAAGUUAACUCUAUUCUGACUUUUGAUUCCAAUGUCUUCUUUUGGACAAUUAAUGUUUCGAUGCAUGGAGACUUUGCGCCUCAAAAAAACAAAAGACAAAAUCAACGAAGUAACUAAAGAAAGUAUCUUACUUUUUACCCGCCAAAAUGGUAGCUCCUUUCCAAAUGUGUGCGCUUCCGAAGUAAAUAUUUGACUAUUAAAGAAAAGAGACAAAAGGUAAAAUACUUUUCUCCCAGACUGUCAAGUAUUUGCCUAAAUGUUUUUUAUCUCUUUUGCAGGUAAUGCCGGACAGAUUUUGUACGGUAGGUGCUGUCGUAAUGAGAAAAUUCAAGCAUUUUAUAAACGGACGUCUUCAUCGCUGGCUGAAAGAUGACCCACAGGCUUCUGAUAACCCACCAUCACAAGUUGAAGACUGCUAA